AUUCCCGGAUGGGUGGGGAGCUAAAAGGUCCUGCCUGGCCAAGGCCCCAGGAAGUGUUACCCUCAAAGACAGAGUUGGUCUUUUAGGCGACCCAGGCCUCCCCCAAGUCCGCUCUACCUGGGAGGGGGUUCUGCAUUUCUGCUUACCUCCUCCAGGUGAGUCCAGGUGUGUGCAAUUAGCUGUUAGGCUAGGGCGAGGAAUCCACAUCCACAUGGUUCGCCCUUAGACAUAAAUAUCUACUUAGAAAUCUGCCUUUAAUAAUGGGUUGUUUUUUUCUCUCCCUGGAGGAAGCUUCCCUAAAAUUUCAAUACAGAUGUUCUGCUUAUAUGCCAGACUUGACUAGUGGACAAAGGAAUGUCAGAUUUCCCCACAUUGCCAGCAAACACUAGGCUCUCGAUCAGCAUUAAGCCUGAUGCCAGAACUUGCAGAAACCUUGAAGGAAGCAGUGUAAUUAAGACGCUAUCCAGUGCUCCGGGUUCCCAUCUGCCACAGAGACACAUCCUUUGGACCACAGGAUAAAGUCUAUAGACACAGAACCACAAGCCUGUGUUCCUUAGGUUCUGAUACCAAAGUUCAGCCAGGUGACGUGUCAAGAUAGGUAUCUGUGGUUUGCGCUGUAUCUGUUUCCGCAAGCCCUGCUCCUUGGUAUUAUAGUUUCUCCAGCUUGGAGAAGGGACUGGGGCCACAUUGCCACCGAUAAAUAAGUUACUAGGAUGAUGGAAUGUGGUGGGUAACACUUGAGUUGUGCCUGGGAACCUGGGUGAGGCAGAAAAAGGAAUUAAGCAGUUUGGAGUCUGAUUUCAGGUAAAUUGCAUACAGCACCCUAUAUAUAACAAACGGUUUCAUAAAAGUUAAAAAUCAAGCCAAGGUUGGGAACACAAGAAAUUGGACAUGGGAGGUGUUGAGAGGUAGCACAAAGUCAGGACCAGAGAAGAAGCAUGAAGUCGGUGCCCAGGGCCACAUUCUGAGGGUGUCCUUCUAAUCGCGUGUGGCCUGGCUCGUGGGGGUGCUGCCCCGUCCCUGCAGAACUUGUGAGGAGCUGAGCCCUGAAAACGAGAACUCCCAGUGCCAGCUCGACCACCUCUCUUUCUGCCUGCCCUGCUUUCCUGCUCGACUCUAAGAUGCAUCUUCUACCAGAGUGGAGCAUCUGGCUGGAUCCCACAUGUGCCACAAAGCGUGCCAUGGCCUGGGAGUGCCCUUCAAAGCUGCUCUCGCCUCCUGCAGAGCCAGACCUCACCCGGCGAGCGCACGGUGCCAAGCCCGCAGCCCUCCAAGGAGGAGGGCCCAGCCUGGACGUGUGCCCUGAGCAGCUGUCUGUCAUCCCUUGGCCAAGCAGCAGGGCACCGUCAGCAGCCUGAGGAGUAGCCAGCUGGGAGCCUCGGGGACCGCCCAGCCUUGCUCCCGGCUCACCUGCAAGAUGUGGACAGCCCUCGUGCUCGUUUGGAUGUCCUCCUGGUCCUUAUCUGAAAGCCAGCUGGCAGCCCAGCAUCCCGUCCUCAAUGAGACGUGGGAGAGUUCAGAACAAAACUCAUCCGUGGAAACAGUUACAAGAGUCUUGAAUGAAACGUCUGAAAGAAUGACCUCAGUGACACCAUCUCCCGUCACGUUGACCACAGGGACUUGGGGAGGUGACCCCAACUCUCCUGCGGUCAAAGCAGGGGCAACACACAGGACAGACACGAGCGCCUCAGCGACGGUGGAAGGGACCCCCCACGGAGCCACCUCCAGGGCACUCACGCCACCCACCCCAGCACCAGCCCAGUGGACGCCCUCAUCACCCCGCACACGGGCAUCCGGCAACAACACAUUGCCUAGGCCAGCGAUGCCCACGCCACCCACGCCGGCCACAACACCCACCCCCACCACAACACCCACUCCGGCCACGGGUGCUCAGACCACUUUUGCACCCCCGGCAAGUGUAAGCAGCCCCCCGGGCUCGCACGGUUCUCCCGGGCUCACCCCCAGCCACUCCACAGCCAGCCCCGCGGCGCCCCAGAGCCCCCAAGCACUUAACAUGUCCACACAGGGCCCCACCGUCCAGGCGCCAACAGCAACCCGGACUGUGGCCAACACAGCAAGCAGGCCUGCGCCCACCCUCUUAAACACAACGCUGGAGCCCACCUCGCCCCCCUCGGCUUCCGUGUCCACGACGGUGGGGACCACGACCGAGGCCCCCGAGCUGGCUGCCAGCACAGCGCCAGCACCUGCCCCUCACACCAGCCCGGCCCCCACCACACGGCCCAGCCCUGCCGCAUCCUCGCCGCGGGCCGCGGGGCCGAGCACCGCUCAGACGCCGGAGCAGGCCGAGCCUGAAGCCACACCUGGUACUGCUUCCACGGGGCCGACCCCCGGGAGCUCAGGGGACUCCACGGUGCCAGCCACAGACUCAUGCCAGCUCAGCACCCAAGGCUGGUACCUGGUGGUCUCCAGCGAGCCCCUGGCCCAGUCCCCAGUGAACAAAAGUUUUCUCCUGGCGGUGCUCUUGCUGGGGGUCACCCUCUUCGUCACAGUCCUGGUUCUGUUUGCCCUGCAGGCCUACGAGAGCUACAAGAAGAAGGACUACACGCAGGUGGACUAUCUCAUCAACGGCAUGUACGCCGACUCAGAGAUGUGAGGGGACGGCGCUCUGCCGGGCCGGGCGCUGGGCCCUUCGCCUCCUUCCAUGUUGCCUCUGAGGGCAAACCGAGUGCUUCCAGAUUCUUCCGGUGCAAUUUAGGAGACAUGCCAGAUGCUUAAACACAUUUAAUUGCCGUCAGAUUAAUUCCACAAUCACUAAAGAGUUGCUGCUUUUUUCAUAUUUAUUUUUGUAACGAUCACGUUGACGAGCAGUGAUUCUGCCUUGGGGUGGGGCGGGUGGCCCCGGGGUGGGUCCCGACCUGAAUUAAAGCAAUGACCCUUUCCGCUUAGACUGUGUCUCCCCAUUUGUGUGGGCUGCGU